AUGCUAAGCAUCCGCGGUGUUGCCAGUCUCAGAGAACAACCAAUUAAAGUCAUCUUGAUAGCACGUGUUUUCCUUUCUUGUGGCAGGUUUGACAGCAAGAGCUUUUGUAGAGAUUGCCGAAGAAAUGUUAUACGAGAGUUCAAGGAGCUGAAGGAGCUAAAACGCAUGCGAAGGGAACCUCGUUGCACAAGUUGGUUUUGUGUGGCAGACACUGCCUUCCAAUGCGAGGUUUUUCAUGACACAGUUCAAGCUGACUGGCAACAAACAUUUUUAGAUGAAUUUGGAACAUACCAUCACUUUGAAUGGGCAAUUGGAAGUGAAAAAGGAAAAUGUGAUAUCUUGGAGUUUGAAAAUGUUGGAUUGAGGGGAAGAGUUCAAGCAAGUGGGCUAGAUCUUAGUGGGUUGCAUGCAUGUUAUAUAUCUUUACAGGCAUGGAAAAUGGAUGGACGCUGCAAUGAACUUUGUGUGAAAGCUCAUGCUUUGAGAGGUCGACAAUGCGUUCAUUGCAGACUUGUUGUUGGUGAUGGUUUUGUUACAAUUACGAGUGGGGAAAGCAUUAAAAAGUUCUUUGAGCAUGCUGAGGAGGCCGAAGAAGAAGAGGAUGAUGAUUCCAUGGAUAAGGAUGGAAAUGACUUUGAUGGUGAGUGCUCCCGUCCUCAGAAACAUGCGAAGAGUCCUGAGCUUGCUAGAGACUUCCUUCUAGAUGCUGCAACUGUAAUAUUCAAGGAUCAGGUUGAAAAGGCCUUUAGAGAAGGAACUGCACGGCAGAAUGCACACAGCAGUUUUGUGUGCCUUGGUUUGAAGUUGCUUGAAGAACGCGUGCAUGUUGCAUGCAAGGAAAUCAUUACCUUAGAAAAGCAGAUUAAACUUCUUGAAGAAGAAGAAAAGGAAAAGCGUGAAGAAGAAGAAAGAAAGGUGCGCCGAAGAACAAAAGAAAGGGAGAAAAAGCUCCGAAGAAAGGAAAGAUUAAAAGAGAAGGAAAACAAGGAGAUGGAAUGUGCUGAAUCAAAUCAAGAUCCUGUGGUUCCCGAUGUUUCAAAGGAGGACCCCACGCCCACUCUUGAUGAAAAUUCAAAUGUGGUCAGUAACAAAGAUUGUAUCAGUGAAACUGGUGAAGCUAUUUCAUCCAGCCCAUUGUCUCCAGAUAUUCAAGAUGCCCAGUUUUUGAAGGAUUAUGUAUAUUCAAAUACAGAAAACCAUUCAGAAGACAGUCCUAAUGGGGAAAUUGGCAAUAUUAGAGAUUCGAACUGCUCUUUCCCCCACAAUCACAUCAAAUAUGCUAGCAGGAAGCUAAAGUUUAAAAAAGACCCCAAACAGGAUUUGAACUUAAAAUGGUCAGGUGCGAGAAAAAGUAAUGUUGUUACAGAGUUUGGGGAUACUGUUAGCAAAUGUGAAUCGAGAUAUCAUGAUGAUGGCUUUGAUGUUAGAAAUAAUGCUGCAAAGAACAGUAGAACUUUUGGCUCAAAAUUUAGUGAAAAGUUUCAGGGUACCAAGAAUAGGGUACGAGGUGACAGAUUUGAUUCACAUGCUCGCAGCUGUAACCCUCAUGACGUUUACAGAGCAAGGCCUGAAUCACAUAUUACAAGAGCAGUCCGGGACCCCAAAUAUGUGAAUAAGUUGGAGGUCUCUGGUAUGUCAAAACCAUAUUAUCGUGGACUCAAGUAUAACCUAGUUGAGUGUUCACGUGAGAUGAGUGGACGACCUAAAAGUAAAAUUAUAGCUGGGAACAGUUCACCUAACAUUAAGCAAGUUUGGGAACCAUUGGAUUCACAGAAGAAAUACAUCCGAAGCAAUUCAGAUUCUGAUAUUAUUGCAAUUUCUACUCUCAAAGUUGAAGGUGCUGUAUCUGAUCGCCUCCCUGAAUUUCCUGCUACCAGUCAAUCUGACGAAGUGACGAGUAUUUCAGUAUCAACCAAUCGCAAGGAUUAUGGUUUUCAAGAUUCAAUUAUGUCUAGACCUGAAAAUGGCAGAAUUGGACCAAAUGGAUUUCAGACGGUGACAAAGUCCCAGCAAUCCUCAAAGGAUGUAGCAGAAGAGGAUGGGAAUGAGGAAGACAGCAGCACAUCCUCUUCAGACCAUCAAAUCUCGGAUUCAACAUCGAUGUCGGAUUCAGAUGAGGCCAGCCAAAGUUCAGAGGGAAGAGAAAGUUCACAGUGCCUUAAAAAUAUCUACACUGAGUGUAACGGAGUUGUGAUGGAGACAAGGCAAAGCGCAGAGAGGGGGGAUGGCACCAUUAGCCAGACACUUGACUGUGAUGGAACCAAUUCUUUCAGGAAUUUUCCUUUGAAAGCAACUUCAUAUUGUGAUAAUGGGAGAUCUAAUGUCAGUAUGGUUGUGCAGCCUCCAACUUUGCUCCCGCAAUUGCACAAUCAAAGCAUAGACUAUCCAAUGUUCCCGGCACCAACAAUACCUUAUUGCCAGACUCCAGUUUCUUGGCCAGCUGCUCCUACAAAUGGGUUGAUGCCCUUACCCCAUCACAGCCAACACUAUUUAUUUGCUAACCCUUUUGGAUACGGUCUGAACGGAACUGCACGGCUUAUGCAAUAUGGAGCCUUACAGCAUCUAGCUCCACCAUUACUUAAUUCUGCUCAGUUGCCUUUUUUCCAGCCAGCCGCUUGUGUUAAUGGCACUGGCACAGAGUGUGCCAAGGUUCCAAAUCUAGGUGUGCUAAAAGAAGCUGAACAUGGAUAUAAUGUACGGAAGGUUGCUCCAGCUAAUAAGCAGUAUACUGCGGAAGCACCAAAUGCUGUCGAAGCUGGGAAAAUUGUGAAGUCUGAAAUAUCAGAAAUAAGAAAUACAAACUUCUCUCUUUUCCACUUUGGUGGCCCUAUAGCUCUUUCAGCAGGGUCUAAAUUGGAUGGUGACUCUUUGGAAGAAGGAAUUGCUGGUGAUAUUUCUCCAAAUUUAUUAGUGAACCGACCUGAUGGUCAUGAUGCUUGCAAUAAGGAAGACUCUAUUGAAGAAUACAAUUUGUUUGCUACAACUAAUGGAAUAAAGUUUUCUUUCUGAUUUUGUCGAGUAAGAUGUCAAAAUGCUAUUUCUGAUUUUAGCCCUUAGUUAUGCUUUGUUUUUACCGAGUGUUAGAAACCAUUGUUCAAGUUUUAUUUCUAUUUUCUUGUUACUGAGAGAUGGAAGCUUUGAGUACUAUGUAAUUCCGUGCACAAUAAUCCUCUGGGAAAAAGAUUAGCAUUUUUUUCUAGUUUAUUUGAUUGCUUCACUUUGCUCUAUUUGUUGUUCGUGGAGAGAUCUAGAAAUUUCAUAAUGUACGAACUUUUUUUGAAUCUAUUCCGGAGUCUUUGUUGGGGUCA